UAUUAUGUCUAUGAUAUCUAUGGCUACGUUUCAGUCUCUGACUUCCUGGUUCGAUUCGGUUGAUCGGUAAAAAAUAAGGGGUACUUAAAAGGCAUCUAGAAGGUCUUGUUGUCAUAUCUGGGAACAUAAACACGGCAAACAAAGGUAUCAGCUGAUAUGUUACAUAUCGGAACACACGGAUUCCUGUGGCUGGCGGCUCUCAGCCUAAUUCAAAACGUUGAAUUCUGCUCUUCCGCGGAAAUACCGGAUGUCCCUAGUAUUGCCACUUACUUCGGAACUAAGACUCGCUAUGAGGAGGUGAAGCCGAACCUACUCCGAGACCCUUUAACCGUGAACACCUCGGUCCUCAGACCCCCGCCAGGUGAUUUUUGCACCCCAUUCCACGUGACCGCCAUCAUUAGACAUGGUAGUCGGUUUCCUACCAUCAAGAACAUCCGCAGAAUACACAGACUAAGCGAGCUACUCCAGAAUGAAGCUUCCAGAACCUCAGAGAGCUCCACUGGCUGGCUGGAUGAGCUCCGGAACCGUUGGGAACCCUGGUACACCGAGGACAUGGACGGUCAGCUGGUGAGGAAGGGUAGGGAAGACCUCCAGUUCCUGGCCCAGCGGCUGGCCACUUUGUUACCAUCUCUGCUGUCGGAAGAAAAUGUGAGGAAGAGGAGAAUCCACUUUGUGACCAGCUCUAAGCAUCGCUGUGUGAGCAGCGUGGAGGCAUUCCAGGAGGGUCUGCAGCAACACUGGGGUUGCCAUGACAGUGCUCAAGGAUACAACCAUGAGGUGGAUGAUGAACUAAUGCGCUUCUUUGAGCGUUGCCGUGGUUAUGUGGAAGGCGUGGAGAACAACCACACUGCGCUGCUGGAAGUUGAGAAGUUCAAACAUGGCGAGGAAAUGCAGGCAGUGAGGAGGAGGUUGGCUGAGAAACUCGGCCUUUCUCUUCACCUACUCACCCCAGACUUGGUGGAAGCAGCGUUCUUCAUCUGUUCCUACGAACUGUCCAUCAAAUCCAUCCACUCACCAUGGUGCUUCCUGUUUGAUGAGAGUGAUGCAAAGGUGUUGGAGUACAGUUUUGAUCUGAAGCAAUUCUGGAAGCGCUCUCAUGGUCACUUAAUCAGCAGUCUGUCCAGCUGUCCGCUCUUCCAUCACAUUUUCAGGACUCUCGAUAAAGCUGGUCGUCCUCGCAGAUCCACUGAGGCAGGGCCAGAACCAGCCUCUGUCUUGGUGGGACAUGCUGAGACGCUCAUCCCCCUCAUCUCCCUACUUGGACUGUACAAAGACCAGACUCUGCCCACUGCUAGCAACUACCACUCACAGCAUGGAAGAAGUUUCCGGACCAGUCGCAUCAUUCCAUACGCUGCCAACCUGCUCUUCGUUCUCUAUGACUGUCAGCGUGGCCCCCGACUACAGCUGCUCAUCAAUGAGACUCCACUACGCUUUCCAAACUUUCAGACUGAGGAUGCACCACUCUACAGGGAUGUUCGUGCAGCAUACCGCUACCUGCUAGAUGGCUGUGACUUCAACACAGAGUGUGAGAGGAAACCCGAAGGCCGGGGACCCAACACUGAGCUUUGACAGCUUUAACCCUUACACAAUCUUAUUCUGUCUUAAUCCACCUGGUGACAAAGCCUCAAACUCACUCAGGCAUCAUCCAAUCAGAUACUGUAGCUGCAAAACUGCUCUUCAAGGUCUGAACUUUCUUAAGUGUUGCAAAAACUGACUGGAGUGAUUAUUCCCUCUUAGUGGAGCUGUGACACUCCAUUGAAGCGAUUUCUUUUCAUAAACUGCUGUUUAAAGGGCAUCCAGAUAUCUACCAGCUCUUUUCAAUAGCAAACAGUUUCUGUACCAUUUCCAGCCUCUGCAUACAAAAAUAUUAAUGUAAUCAACUGGAAAAAUCUCUGUGUUCCACUCAACUAGCUGAAAUUUACUGAAAUUGUAUUUAGAUGAAUACAAAGAAUAUUGCAGCAAGGCCUUACUCUAAUUUUUUAACUGACUCUUUAAUCUGGGAUUCUGUCUGAAGCUUUAAGUUAAUUUCUUGCUGACUCAGGUUUUAUUUAAGGCAGCAGUAUGUAACUUUUAUUUAAAAUGUUUUCUACAUAUGUUAAAACCAUUGCUAUGCCAUGACAGCAUAAUAUGAGCAUAUGUAAAGAUGGAUCUCUCUUCAUAGAUUGCAGCUACUAUUGCAGUCUGCAAAAAUGCACCGCUGCCAGUCAGUAGCCAAGAGGAAAGUAUUGGAGCUGUCAAUCAAUUCCUGUAUGUGCUGCUAAAUGUGUUGAUGGCAGAGAAAUAAUUUGCUGUUACAGGACCUUUAUUGGUGGCCAUGACAAUUAUCCUGAACUUUCCUGGCAGGCUAUGUUGUGAUAAGCCAGUUGUAGUUUAUCACAUAAGCUACAACUGGCUUAUGUUGUAGCUGAUACAGCAGCUUCAUGAAAGCCAGGUAUAAAAUAAAUUAAUUAAAGCUUACCUUAAACAGCUCUGUAAAUGCUGUUUACUUUUGUAAACAGCAUUUACAGAGCCCUCCUUCUGGCUCUGAUUGGUCGCUUCUAGUAAGCACUGGGAGAAGGCAUAGGACCACAAUUUUUUUUCACAGCUUAUCUGCCUCAUCCCAUAGUGUUGCAACAUAGUGACAGUUUCAACUAAUAUUUAAAACAUAUUUUUUUAUCAAAUUUACAUAUUAACAGUUUUGAAAUUGUGACUGCACAAAUUCCUGCUCUGGGUUUAGAAAAUAUCUUGUGGGUGAAAUAAUUGGUGUAUGUGCCAAAUAAGUUUUCAGGGUGCUUUUGGUUCCAAAUGUUUCUGAAUUAAAGCUUUAAUAAAGCAAGAUUUUCAGAUUAAA